CCCCAUGGCAACCCCGAGCCUGCCCGUGCCGACAAAAUGGCUGAUGUGGGCUCGGGCCUGGAGGGGCCAGACCUGGGGGCGCUGAGCCCCGAGCAGCAGGCGCGGCUGCUGGAGCUCAAGAUCAGCACACGCAUUGCCAACGAGAGGUACUUGAGAGAUCACCGGGAAGUGGAGCUGCUGCUCUCAGGAUUCGUGAGAGAAGUGCUGCUGAGAAGACCAGAGAACAUCCCGGAGUUUGCGGCAGAACAUUUCACCGACCCUGAGCUGCCGAUGAAGAUCCAGAAGCAACUCAUGGAAAAAGUCAAUGCAACAGAGAGGCCCAGAGUGCGAUAGACACCCAGGAGCAUUUCCUUCCUCACAUGGUUCCUGGCUUCCCUCUCUGUGGUUUCUGGCAUGCAUUUAAGUUGUUGCAAUACAGCUCCUAACUCAGCUCUACAGUGUCAUCUGGAGGCAGGCAGGUACAUGCCAGGCCUGCCUUCCAAGUGCUGCCUCCUUGCUGUGCGUUUUGGAUGCUCCUUCAGGUAAUCAUUAAACCAGGCUUUCUGCCCAA